AUGGAAGUUGACACAGAAGAAGUGAAAAGGCACUUAGACAUCUUGGGAUAUACGCACAUAGAACCCAGUCUGUUGAAUGAUUUCAUAGAAGAUUUGAAAAAACUCAUUGAAUACGACCAAAAACACAACGUCAGUCAGCUAUCCGCGUCUCUGUGCAAAGAAUGGGAUCAGAGUUACUCCCAGAGGAUGAAAAAUAGUACUCCGAACAAAUACGCUAUCGGUCGUAAUAGUACCGUGAACGGAGACGAACACGGUGAUGAGGUUAAACUAGGUAACAAGUAUAAAAACCAAAACUGCAUCUCACAUACGACGUCAAAAAUUAUAGAUCUUCAUAAUACAACUCACGUGAAUAAAAGAUCUAAAUGUGAAUCAGAAUUUAUGCCAACAAAAUGUUAUUUUUGUGGAUGUAUACCAGUAGAAAAUCAACCAAAAAUGAAGGUGAAACACAGUUUAAACCCAUUGCACACAUUACACCUCAGUGUAUCAUUUGAUAUUGAGUUAUAAAAACAAAAUACGGCAAUACAGUUAAGUCAUUAGUUAUUAAUGCCAAUACAAGACCUGGAGUAGAUAACAUUAAAAAUAUGGAAAUACGACACUAUGAUUUAUACCAAGUUUUGUAAAAUAUAUCAAUUUACAAUAUUCAAAUUAGUAGAGUUGAUACUUUUUACAAUAGCAUUAAAUGUAAUAUCUAAUUAGUAAAUAUAUAUAUAACUAAUAUGAACCUGAAAAAAAAUGUGCAAUACUUUUCAAUUGUUAUGAAUGUUAUGAUAAAAAAAUAAUUACAUGUAUAAGUGGGCUAUACAUUGAGAUGCACACAUGUAAAUAGUAAACAAAUAUAUAUUACAUUAAUGAAUAAACGAUUUGUCAAAAAGAUGUCAGUUUAACUUUAUUAAAUGCCAAUAAAUCUAGAACCUAAUCGGGAACAAAUUACAGUGAACUUAUCAAAUAAUAGAUAACAAAAAAAAAUCUAAUACUAAUCUGCUAGAUUAAGUUCUCCAACUCACUUCAUAUAAAAAUAGUAAAGAAAAAUUUGUACAAUUAUUUUUACAAUUGGGUUUUUUUUUUUUUUAAUAUAAAACUUGUAUAAUAAUUAAAUUGUAUAACUUUAACAUACUACAAAUUGUUUCCCAACCAUACUUUGUAAUAAUUUAAACAAAAAAAAUAAAUUGAUUCACAUGUUUUACUGAACUAUUUACAAUUACAAAUAUCAAACCAUUAGGUUUUUUAUGAUUUUAUUUUCCUGUUUAUUUAACUUUAAACAUAUUUAUAUAUAAAUGUAUAUAAUAU